CGUGCUUACAGUUAAAGCACUCAAAUAGCUAUCAAAACAUGUGUUUUGAAAAUAAUUUUUUUUGACACAAAUUUAUCUCUAAAUAAGUGAUUGUUUUUUGUGAUCCGCUCUAAGACACCGAACAACAUGAAGACCAAACCGGUGUCUCAUAAGUUGGAUAAUACUUUCAAAUUUGAGUCAUUCAACGAUCGCUUGUCUAAAGUGAAUGUCUCGCUCUUACACAAUGUCAAGAAAGGUGUCAACAAUGUGGACAUCGAUGACAACAUCACCUAUUUUGCCAUAACCUACGAAAAGUGGUUUGACCUUAACUGUAGCCAACACUUUGACGACUUGCGCCGAUCGAUCGGUACUAUUGUUUCCGUGCAGACAUUGCCACAGAUAAUCAACCGGAAGAAUGAGUUGAUUGACAUAUUGGUGGCUAACCUACAGAUUAAUGACAAUUUGGCUAAUGAUGUGGUCUUAGAGUUGAUCGUAUCAUUAGCUCGCGAUCUCAACACUGAUUUCUAUGAAUACUUUGACAGACUGUUUGCAUCUUUGGCCGAUUUGCUGAAUACAACGGAUACCGAUUUGAUUGAAAAUUGUUUUGUUUGUCUGACAUUUCUUUUCAAAUAUCUAUCAAAAUAUAUUAACAAAGAGUUUGACAAAAAUUACCAUUUGUUUGAAAAACUUCUUGAAAGCAAAAAGAGUUAUAUCAGAGAAUUUACAUCAGAAUCGGUGUCAUUCCUCUUAAGAAAGGCAAACAACAAGUCGACUAUCAUUAACACUCUGUUUGAUAGUGUCAUCAAUAAUCCAAAGCUUGUCGAAGGCAUCGGACAACUGCUCUUUCAGACCAUCAAAGGUGUCAACAAAAACUUUAACAGUUUUGGCAAAUCUUUCAUUGAUUUGUUAUUUGUUGAAUAUUAUAAAAGAAAUCAUAAAUGUUUAGAUGAAACCAUUGCCUAUAUGUUUAGGCAAAUAAUUGAAUUUAUAUCUAAAGACAACUCUGAGCUCAUAUGGAAGUCGCUAUUAAUUGACAGCACAUCCGAGACAAUUGCUUUUAAGAAAGUGAUACCACUUUUAAAUUUAGUUAUUGGAUACAAAAAUUGUCAUCUAGUGAUCAAUUCAACAAAAGUGAUCAACUUUUUAGCUAAUUGUUUAGUUAACCAUCAAUUAAAUGAAAUCGACAUUAACAUUGUGUUAAAAUCAUUGAGUAAUAUGUUAUUUAAUUGUUACAGUUCUUUAUCUACUGAAGACAUUGAAUUGAUCCAAUCAAAUAUAUUUGUCAACAAUCAGUUGACAAUCGAUCAGAUCUCAAGUUUUGUGUCCAGUGUUUUCAAUUGUUCACCAUUUGAACGAAUUAUUUUGCCAUCACUUUUGACAUUUUGUAGCAAAUAUUUAAAAACUGAUUGCUAUGAAUCAAAUGACUUUCAAAUAUCAUUAAAAUUAUUGACUGAAUUAAUACUAACAAAACGUCGGCGACCUAUAUAUGGAAAAGAUGUCAAUACUAUAGCAAAAUAUGUACUUAAAUUUAGCGAUAAUUUGUGUCAAACAAUGAUUGAUGUGAUGACUAAAACAAUUGAACCGAAGAUAUUAUGGUCUAUUUUGGUUUGUUUACCAAAUUUUAUACCAAUUAAUGAUAAAUCAAGUAUUUCUCUGACAAUUGCCAAGACUAUUGAAGAACUUGAAUCACGUGUCUCUUCCAGAUAUUGUGAUAAUCGAUGGUUAGGUUAUUGUUUGGUCGAAGCUAUUAUAGCAUUAAUUAUUCUCAAGAAUAAUGAAUCUAUAGAUGAAUUAUCACCGAAAUUCUUCAUCGAUUUAGUUAAUAGCAAUCAACAUAACACUGAAGUACUUCAAGCUUUUGAUUUAUAUCUUUCAUUUAAUAAGUUGACUAAUAAAAAAUCUGUUGACAUAACUAUUUUGGAGUCGAUUUAUAAGAUAUCACUCGAGAAGAAUUUAUCAUCAUUUUGUAAAGUAAGAAGACUUAAUGCAUUACAUUUGAUGACAUUAUUUGAUUUGCCUCGUCCUCCGUGUGAAGAUCCAACUGAUGUAAAAUCGUUGUCAAAUAUAGACAUUUGUUUCGAAUCAGAACUAAUACCAAAUGAUUUAAAUCAAUACAGAACUAAACUAAGAAUUCUUCAGAAUCUUGAAUAUCCAUCGGUCAAGAAGUUGAUCCCAAUGAACACAAUCGGUGGUCUCAACUUCGAUGAGUUGCCCAUUCAUUACAUGUUAGGAGUUCUGUACGAAAACCUAUCGGUUUUAUGGCAACCGAUUCAACGACUUAUUGAAAGCUAUGCCAAGGGUUACGAUAAUAAGAGAUCAGUUUUCGAUAUACUGUUUGCACAUUUGACACAAACAAUACAACUUAUUUACUCCGAUGAUGUGUUUGAACCAAAUUAUUAUCAAAAUGAUAUCAAUAAUUAUUUAAAUAGCAAACAUUGUAUGAAUAACUGUUUUGUAAAUCAUUUACCAAAUCGACCCGAUUAUGUUAAUCAUAGGAUACUUGUAUUAAAAAUUUUUGAAUCAGUGGCCGUACUGGUUGAGCCAUUGAAUCGCGAAUUGGUUCCCAUUUUGUUUAACUUUUUGGACAAUGAAAUGAUGUCGCAACUGAUUUAUGCUCACAAUUCACGCGAUGAUAUUAGCGGUGAAAAUAAAAGUUUAUUGAUGGACAUCGACUUAGUUGAUGACGAUUUCGAUAAUAAUGAUUCGGCGAUUGAAACAUCAAAAUCAAAGAUCAGUCGUAAAAGUUUGUGGAAAACCUUUUUCACUUAUCUAUCGAUAUUUGCAAAGUUUAAAAACCCUAAGGCUUUAUAUCGAGAGAAAGAACUUCUGGAGAUUUAUCUGAAUUUAUUGAUUAGUCCCGACUCUCACCUACAGAAACACGCAUUCAAUUGUAUUAUAUCCUAUAAAAAUUCAUUUAUGAACGACUUUAAUGAAGACUUUUUGCGAUUAAUUGAUGAAAAGACUUUCAAAUCGGAGAUUUAUUCACUGAUAUUGAACACUGAAAGCGAUAAAAAUUUGCUACAAAAUGAAAAUCGCGAGAAGAUUGUGCCAAUACUCAUGAGAAUACUUUACGGCAAAAUGAUGGCCAUUAAUGGUACCAAAAAACACGGCAAAAAUACGUCUGACUUUCGCCGUUCAAUAAUUUUGAAGGUAUUGUCAGCCUUUAACCAGAAUGAGCUGAUUCUGUUUCUUGAUUUUGUUUUUGCACCAAUUGUUGAGUUUAUUGGUCACGAUUACCGUGAUCUUCAUGAAACAAUUAUCACCAAUAUUGACAUCAAAGCGAUGACACCAUUACGCCAAAUGCAAGCAAUGAUCAGAACAUUGGCUUUCGUUUUGAAACAUUUGGGCAAUCAUUCCGAAGCCGUCACUUCCUAUAUCUUCAAAGUUGUUGUCGUCGUCUCGACAAUAGUCUCACACUUGUUGGACAAUAAACUUCGACAAACAAUUAAUGAUCACUCGGUUAUCCGUUUGAAAGAUAUUCGUAGCCAUUGUUUCAAAAUUAUUACGACUUUCUUUGAAACAUUUGACGCAUACAACUAUUCGAGUGUCGAAAUCGAUGCCAUCUUCGAGAGUCUUAUUUGGCCACUACUGACACAUCUGGACACAGAAAGUUUAACCACAUCGUCACCAUUGCUAAAAUUUUUAAACAGAAUGACCCAAAAUUCCAGAUAUUUCAAGAUAUUAGCCAAACGACAUCCCGAAGACAGACAAUUGACACCGAUUUCUGCAAUUGUAAAACUUUAUUCAAAUCCUAAGUGUCAAACUUCUGUGAUCACUGCUAUCACCGAUUUGUUUAAUAAUUUGCUAAUUUUGGAUAAUUUUAGCGAUUUUGAUGAGAAAAACAUUUCGCAAAUCAUUGUCAAUGAUUGUGAUUUAAUAAUGUCUGUCGACGACAAAAAUAAAGAUGCAAUCAGUUUAGGAACAGCUGUUUUGCUGCCAUUUACAUCAGAUAUAUUGAACCGAAUUUACGUAAGCUAUGAAAAAAGGAAAAAUGAGACGAAGGCGUCAAAGAAGAAGAAGAAUAGCAGUUUCAGCGAACAAGAGCUUAAUAUUUUGUCGCGACUCAGCUCUUAUGUGACCCAAUCGGAUGAAAGCUUUAAGUUAAUCAUAUUAUUGAUCAAUAGUAUCGAUAUGAAUAAAAAUGACGAACAGAAAGAAUAUCAUACCAUUAAAGCAUUGGUUCAUUUGGUCAAACAUCUCGAUCACGAUAUUAACCACAUUUUAAGAUCAAUGAUACCAUUAUUUUCCACUAUAUCGAGCUGUUCCUCGCGACCAGAAUUAUGUGCUGCCAUUGAAGUGUUAACACAAAAUGAUCAACAAUUGUCAGAAUUGGCAAAAAUUAUAACAAAUCUCAACGCUUAUAAUCCAAGGUUUCCUGAAGAACCAGAUUUUGCUAAACGUUUGGAUGCAUUCAAGACUAUCAAUGCAACGAUAGAAUCAAUUACAAGAAAUGAAUUCAAUUUUGACUUUAUAUCAAUUAUUUUUUAUAAUUGUAUUCAUUUUAUUAAAUCGUGCGCUGAUUUGGCAAUUCGCGAGUCAUCUGUAAACACAAUAUCAAUUGUAUUGAAGAAAUUUGAAGAUUUUGAUGAUAACAAUCUGUUCAACGAAAUGGUCAUUAAAUUGCUGUUGUAUUCAACAAUAGCUAAAGGAAUGAGAAACAAAAACGAGACGACAAGACACGAAUUGAUCGACAUAUUGUUGUCUAUGAUUGAAAUCAAUGGCAAACGAAAUCCAGUUUUACAACAAUUGGCUCUUCUUUGUAAUAAAGAAGACGAAGAAAUUGAUUUUUGGCGAAAUAUUAAACACAUUCAAAUUCAUCGAAGAACUCGUGCCUUAAAUCGUUUGGCCAAAAAUGAAGAACUCGUCAAAUCAUUGUCGCAAAGAAUUAUCAUUGAUUUCUUGAUACCGUUGACCACAAAUUUUCUAACUGAUGAACAAUAUACUAAACACGCGGGACUUGUCAGCGCAUCCACUGAGGCCAUCGGUGUCUUCUCAAAACACAUCUAUUGGAAUAAAUAUUACUCUCAAUUAAAAUAUUAUAUCAAUCUAUUGAUCCAACAAAAAGGAGAUCAAAAAAUCAAUAUUAAAAUUAUAUCAUCGAUUUUAGACAACUUUUCUUAUAAAACAUUUUCGCAAUCUAAUGAUUCAAUUGAUGACACUAUUAUUGAUGAUAACGAAGAUAUUGAAAUGGAAGAUGAAGAGGAUAAUGAUAAUGACAUUGGAAUGAAAAUAAAUGAAUUGAAAGCAAAUGAAUUAAUAAGAUCUUAUAAUAAGAUAUACGAUGCGAUUGUCAAUAAUUUAUUACCACUUUUGAACAAAUGUUUGCAUCAAAAAUCUCAAAUAGAGUUCGCCUACGACUCGCUAACGAAGGAUGAGUUCCCAGAAAGCAAAGACAGUCACAGAAUAGCCAUUGCUUUGGCGAUAAUAAAGUUAUUGAAGUCCAUUGAUGCCAAUCCUCAAGUUAUGAGGACAAACACAACGAGUGUUUUCUUGCGUUUGUGUCACUUCUUGCAGUCGAGAGCUCAAAGUAUAAGAGAUUUGGCCAGAAAUACAUUCGUCAAAGUGAUGGAAACAUUAGGACCCAAGUAUUUGAUGUAUGCUUUGAAAGAAAUGCGCGCAACGCUAGCAAAAGGAUAUCAACGACACGUCUUUGUCUAUACAGUUCAUGCUAUUCUUUCGGGUCUUAAACCACAACUAAAGUCCGGUGAUCUCGACAAAUGUUUGGUAACUAUACUAGAAGUCUGUACUUUAGAACUAUUUGGUGAUCUUUCUGAAGAGAAAGAUGUCUCAAAGAUAACGACUAAAUUCAAAGAAGCAAAGAAACAUAAGAGUUAUGAAAUUUUUCAAAUAUUAGGUACAUUUGUUAGCGAACAGAGUUUACCACAAUUAUUGGUGCCAUUAAAGACUACACUAUCUGAGGCACAAAAUCAUAAAAUUGUUAGAAAGGUAUCGCAAUGUCUCAGCAAAGUAGGACAGGGAUUAAUAUCUAACGCAGCGCUAAACGAGAAAACAUUAUUGCUUUUUAUUUAUGGUUUAAUGAAUGACAUGAUUCCAGACUUGCGAUUAAAAACUGAAGACAAUAAAAAUAAUAAUCAAAAGAAAGCAAUAGUAGAAAGAGUCGAUUCAUUUAUAAUAGAGAAACCAAUCUAUCAAAGAGUUCAUAAAGUGGCCAAAAUUGGUGAGACCUCCAACUCUCACGUUAUCAUUGAGUUUGCAUUAAACAGCUUCUUAGCCCUCAUUAAACAAAAGAGAAUGGAGGCCUCAAAUGAUGAACACCUAUCACUUUUGGAUCCAUUUAUUGAACUUUUAGGCAAUAUAUUGGAUGCAAAAGAUCCCAAACUGACAACACUAUCGCUUCAAUCGCUUUAUUUAAUGUACACUAAGUUUGCAGAAUUGCCAUCAUUUGGCAAUCACUCGGAAAAUAUAAUGAAAACCGUAUUUGUUUUGCUUCACAAAUACGCCUCGUUUGGUAUCACCGACAGACAGGACGAUAACGUCCAACUGGUUUUGCUAUGUUUUAAGACAUUAAGUUUAUUCAUUAAAUAUAGAAAUGAUAUUACUAUUAGCGACAACCAAAUGACAGUUCUGUUAUCAUAUGUUGACCAAGACUUGAGUACAGAGACGAGUCAAUCGACGGUCUUUACAAUAUUGAAAUCAAUAUUACAUCGCAGAUAUCAAUCAAAAUCAUUGCAUCGGAUUAUGAAAAGAGUAGCCGAAAUGUCGGUCACAUCACAGAGCGAUUCAGUUAAAAAUAAUUGCACCGAAUUGUCAGUCAAAUAUCUAAACGAUUAUUUUAAUGGCAAUAAUCUAACCAAAAGAAUCCAUUUCUAUAUAAAACAUCUCGAGUAUAGUGUUCCGGCCGGUAGAGAGUCUGCACUAUACGUACUAAACCAUAUCAUACCGACACUGACCUAUGAUUUUGCCCGAAAGAAUAUGAGCUUAUUUUUUGUGGCUCUUUCUUCCCGAUUGAUCAAUGAAACAGAAGGUCAUCUCAAGAAACUAGUGGCAGAUCUGAUAAUUAAGUUACUGAAAAAACUGACGCAAACCGAUAGAAAUCAGUUGUUCAACGAUAUAGUCAUACCAUGGCUUAAAUCUUCAUCACGUCUGCAAACACUGUUAGCCUCACACUUAUGCUCUCUGUUUAUGACUAUCGAGAAAAAUGAUUUCAUGAAUAGGUUAUCACAUAUUUUGCCAUUAAUUAGGCAACAAUUAGAUCCAACCAGAUAUGAAUCAGCUGAUGAGGAAGAUAUUACAAAGAGCUCCGAUAGUCUAGUUUAUCAACACAUGAAUCUAUUUAUAAAAGUAAUGAAAGCUGAUCCACAGUUUAUUAAGAAAAGUCAAUUUAGCGAUGAAGUCAAUACAAUAUUUGACUAUAUCUUAAACUAUCAUUUACUACAUCCACAUCUCUGGGUUCGUGUGAUUUGUACACAAAUUUUUGGUCAAUUAUUUUCGCAAUACACCAUUGAAUUUUUGGCCGACAACGCUAAUCGGCAAAUGGACUCACAAUCAGAGUAUCUAUUAUCUGAUACUAACGACAAAUUAAGACAAUUGACAUCAAAAUUUUGUUUACUUUUUCGAGACAUUUACAAUGCAGACAUUAUUAGCGAACAAAUUAUUAAGAAUUUGGUUUUUGUUUCGCGAUUUUUCAUCUAUUCAUUGAAUGACAAUCCAAAAUCACCGGACUUUAAAUGGUUGACAAACAAAUUGAUAUUUGAAGCUAAAUACGAGUGGACUAAUAGUCCGCAUCAAACAAAAAAGAGGAUCUGUAUUAUUAAAUGGAUGGCAGCCGUGGCCGUAGAGUUAGGAAGUGAUCGAUUGGCUAACUAUUUACCAAAUUUUUUGCCUAUACUUUGCCGCGAAGAGACAAACUCGGAUAAUACCAGUAACGACAACAACAACAAUGAAGUGACGGUUCUUGUAAAACAAGUGUUGCAAUUGUUUAAGUCUAUUAUCGGAACCGAAAGGUUUAGCGAUUAUUAUACGAAAGCCCGGACUAAACUGACACUCAAACGAUUGGAGCGCAAGAAAAACGAUGCAAUUGAGUCGGUGACGGAUGUAAUACAAAGUGCGAAACGAAAGAUAAUGAAACACCAGAAGCUCAACGAAUCGAAGAAAAGAAAAAUUGCAAACUUUAAGUCAAGAAAUUGA